AACAACAACAACAUUUUUUUUCUGAUUAAGAAAUUCACAAUUCACUCAGUACGCAAACUCUGAUUGUUUACACAAAACAAAUUCCAAUUUAGAUUCAUAAUCACUGGAAUUGAAUUAAAAUUUUUCUCCUUCCGGACAAUUAUUCAAUUGCUAGUCAUCAUCAUUUGUAGUACGAUUUAUUUAUUUAUUUUCUACUCCAAUUAUUCUAGUGAUGAAAUAGAGAGAGAGAGAGAAAAAUCCGAUUAUUCUCAUCGAUUUUGUUGUUUCUGCCUCUAUUUAUUCUCGUUGUGUUUGUGCAUUUGUCACAAUCAUUAUUACCAUUUUUUUUUAAAUCAACACUCGCACACACACACUCACACACUAUGAUCAAAUGUGAUUUAUUCUUGAUAAUAAUGAUGAUGAUGGCCAGGAAAACGAUAAUGAUAUGGAAAAAAUGUCAACAACAACAACAAAUUCGUCAUAUGAUGGCGAUGAUAUCCACUAUUCAUUUGAUUAUAUUCUCGAUGAAUCUAAUUCAUUCUGUUCAAGGUUUAUCGGAUGUACGAGUGGUUGCGUUAAAUGUACCAAGUCAAGUACGAAAAGGAUCCGAAGUUGAAUUAUCAUGUCUUUAUGAUUUAGGCGGUGGUAAUGCAUCAUUGUAUUCACUUAAAUGGUUCUAUCGUGCAAAUGAUACUGAUUUGGAUGAACAAGAAUUUUUUCGUUACACUCCUACAAUUAAACCAUAUAAACAAUUCUUCCCGUUGGAUGGUGUUAAUGUUAAUGUAAAUAAAUCUGAAGGCGGUCGUGUUGUGAUUACAGAAACGAACAAAAAAACUACCGGCAAUUAUAAAUGCGAAAUAUCCGUUGAAGGUACAUUUCAAACGGUUGCCGCUGAAAAAUCAAUGAUUGUUAUGGAUUUUUGGAAUUUUUAUACAUCUUCUUUAGGCAAUAAUAGUAAUGCCAGCAACGCUACUAAUCGAUCGAUGAUCAUGUUAAUCAUACUGUUAUGGUUUCUUGUCCUAAUUUCAUGGCGUCAUCAUUGGCAUGAAGACAUCAUUGUCGACACGUGGCACCUGUAGUCAAUCAUCGUCAUCAUUUUUUUGUAAAUAUAAAUCACAUCGAAUGGCAAACACACACACACAAACACCGAUUCUGUAUUAUUCGUUUUUUUAUUUUUUGACGAAGAAAGAAAUCAAGAAUUUUAAUUCAAAGUGUUUUCACAAUUUAUCAAGAUUUGUAAUCAAUGAUAACGACAACGAAUUUGAAGAUGGUUUUUUCAUUUAAAUUCAAGUUAUUAUUAAAAAUUGCUGAUAAUAUUUUAUUGUUACACAAA